AUGGUGACGACCACCACCGACGAUAACCCGGACGCGGACAUGGACAUGGACAUGGAGAAAGAAGACAACACAUCCAUCCACUCCGAAACGGAAAAGGAAAAAGACACCCGACCUCAAUCCCGCAGCAUCUCCACCCUCUCCGCCGUAUCUCUAAACGUCCACAACAACGGAAACCUCACCACUCCCCGCUCCACCCGCCGCGACAGCGACGGCUCCCGAAGUCCUGAAUUUCUCCCGCCCAGGCUCCGUCUACCUCCCCAACAAAAGCGGUAG